UGAACUUGUUCUGUUCUUGGAUGGUUUGACACUGCCCCCCAGUGUUGGCUCUGUGUGCCUGCAGGGAGUGUUCCGUCCUCAGGACUUGUCCCUACAUGUCUGUGAGAGAUUAUGUUCAGGCAUGUUACCAGUGAGUCACGUUAGAGGGUGCUGCCCUCUCCGUGCUUAUAAAGAGCUCGUAGGUAACACCAGUGUGAGACACAGAUCUUUAAACUUCACUGAGGACACUUACUUGAACUGGAAUCAUGUGUAGAAUCAUGGAUGCUCACAAGUGCAUCCUGAGCUCCGUGGGGAAGGGCCCCGCUCGACGGAACCUGUUCGGCCCUGUGGACCGAGAGCAGCUGCAGAGGGAUUACCAGGCAGCGUUGAGGAGAGGCCUGGAGGAGGCCUCAGGCCGCUGGGGGUUCGACUUCAUUUCCAACCAGCCCCUGGAGAGCAGCGGUUUCCAGUGGGAGGGCAUCCCAGGUACCGAGAUGCCACUGUUCUACAGGUCCUGUACGCUCGGCCUGGGUCAAACAGAAGGUCAGUGGUCAGCGGGGGUGAAAGUAGCCACCAAGAGAGCGAGGGUGGAGCCACCCCAGAAUGAGGAGAAGGAGAACAUCCCGGAUUCGCCAAGCACGUGUGAACUCAACCUGCAGAACUUUGAGAAAACACCAGAGAUAGGAGAGAACGCCGGGGCUAAGAGGAAACAGACCAACCUCACAGAUUUCUAUCAGGCCAAACGAAGGAUGGUUUGGAUGCCGCGCAAAUCUGGCGAGUGAAUUUCAAUGCGGUGUAUUAUUCCAGGAGAACUACACAGACAGUACCAGUCUCAGGAAUACUACGUUCUGCACCGACUCUGCACAGUUGCUCACUGGGAGGUCUUGAACUCAGUGAAUCGCCAAGAAAACAGAAGGGACCUCAGCUACACAUGAUCACUAUCAGAUUAAAUUAGGGCACUGUAUUCUCUGGGGUGGUUGGUGUUUUUCCCAGUAGGAGGAAUGGGACAUUUGAGUGGAGAAGAUUAACCGUAAUCUCUCGAAUCAGUGGAUUUAUCCUCAUUUGGAUCAAGGGGAUGCCAAAGUGCAGACUGACGUUUCCUACUGUACAUUCCACAGGGCUGUGAAACGCAGUCACUUCUCAGUUUCAGAGGAAAUGUGAGCCUCUGGAACCGCGGAGCUGUGACGACUGAGCAUAUCACUGUACGCACUUGAAAAGGAUGUUAUGUGGGUGAACCUCAUUUAGUGUCAUAAGGAGUGGUUGAGAACUGUAGAGAAUGGAUGAAGCCCUCCAGCUCCAUAUUUUGAAUCCACUGUUUUUCUACAAUUUCCUGAUGUGUAUUAUGGGGACCAAGGAGUCUUCUAUUCUUCUUUUUACAAGAACAUUCUGUCCAAAGUGUAUUUGACUUUAUAUAUCUAAGUGUUCAAUCCUGAUUUGCUUUUCUUCCAUCAUGCAUUCCGAGGAAAAUGCUUGAAGAAUAAUGAUAUCCUGAACGUCGCUUUGCUGAGAUGAUACAAAGACAGAAGGUCCAUCACUUCCUCUUCCAUCCACUGUAUGUUGAUUGAUUUUCAAGUUGUAUUUGUAGGUCCCAGUCCAGACUCUGACAUGUGUACAGCACCAGAUCAAUGUAGGUCAUCUUCGGUAACACCAUUCAUUAGAGCACGUAAAAUAACACUUAUAUUUAGGUUUUAUUUAGUUAUAUAUAUAUAUAUAUAUAUAUAUAUAUCAGAUAUUUUUAAGUAGAGUUUAAUACAGCACUGAAUCAUAAACACUGCAGUAUUGCACAACAUCUGAUAGGUGGCGUGUCCACAGCCCCCAGAGACGAAUGCCUCUUCUCUGUUUGAUUUGGUAUUUAAACCUCCAUAAGAACCAAUCAGAAGAAAGUGUUCUCAGAAGUAGGUAUAUUAUUUUACUAAGCUAAAGCUCUAUUCUUUUCCAUUUGGAAGCUCAGUGCAAUUUUACAGACAAUAUAUUAUCUGCCUCAAAAACAAAUACUAUGGUUUUUCUUUUCUGCAUAACUUUUAUGUCAGAUGUUUGAAAGACCCUGCUGCUAUGGGUGAUCUGAAUAGGGUGUCAUACAAGGUCACUGUAACACAAAUUGACGGCUUUCAAAUGUUUGCCACAAAAAAAAAAGAGGAAGAAAAGGCCACACAAAAAUCUGCUUUACCCCGAACAAUGAACGCACUUCCGUUCUUAGACACUUUCCCACAGGUCCUAAGUAUUUUUUUAUGUUUAUUGCUUCAAAUGAAAAAGAUCUAUCCUUAUUUAUUGUGAGAUACAGUACUUUGCCUUUGAGUUAUUUUGGUUUUUGUUUUGAAUUUUUAUGAGAAUCCCAAAUUCCAAUAAAAAGGCCUGAAGUAAAA